GAUUAGUUAUUGCAAUCGAAAUUUUGUGCCGCAACACGUGCGCCGCGUUAAUUCGUUUUGUUUUCUCAUAGAAAAAAUGACUAAAAAACAAGCAACUAAACGUAAGGUAAAGGAUGCUAAGCCCACAAAGGAGCAGGAAUCAGUAUCCGAACAGUCAGAGCAAGAAGAGGACGAAGACUUGUUGCAAGCAGUCAAAGAUCCGGGUGAGGAUUCAACUGACGACGAGGGCAUAGACCAGGAAUACCAGUCAGACAGCAGCGAAGAUCUUGAAUUUGAAAGCGACGAAGAAGGAAAUUACUUGGGGGUCAAAGAAAACAACGCGGAAGAGUCUGAAGAAGACGGUGAGGAAGAAGAAGAUGAAGAGGGCGACAGUAGCGAGGAGGAAAGUGAAGACAAUGCUGAGACUGCCAAAAGCGAGGAGAAGCCAAGUGGCAGCAAAGCGGUGCAGGAACCCAAAAAAUUAAUUGGUGAAAUAACUCCACGUGAUCCCUCAAAGCCCGAGUACGCAGAUUCUGACACUUCCGAUGAGGAGGACAUACGGAACACGGUUGGCAACAUACCUAUGCAUUGGUAUGACGAAUACAAACACAUUGGCUAUGACUGGGAUGCCAAGAAGAUUGUUAAACCGCCCAAGGGUGAUCAAAUCGAUGAUUUCUUGCGAAAGAUCGAGGAUCCGAACUUCUGGCGCACCGUCAAGGAUCCACAAACUGGCCAGGAAGUGUUGCUCACCGACGAAGAUAUUGCGCUAAUUAAACGUGUCAAUUCUGCGCGCAUUCCCAACCCAGAGCACAAUGAAUACGAACCCUGGAUCGAAUGGUUCACCUCGGAGGUUGAGCGUAUGCCCAUAAAGAAUGUGCCCGAUCACAAGCGCUCCUUCCUGCCCUCCGUGUCGGAGAAGAAGAAGGUGUCACGCAUGGUGCAUGCCCUGAAGAUGGGCUGGAUGAAGACCACUGAAGAAGUCGAACGCGCCAAGCAACAGAAACGCGGUCCCAAAUUCUAUAUGUUGUGGGAGACGGACACAGGUCGUGAGCAUAUGCGUCGUAUUCAUGACCCCGUUUCAGCGCCCAAGCGUGAUCUCCCCGGACACGCUGAAUCCUACAAUCCACCGCCGGAGUAUCUGUUUGAUGAGAAAGAGACGAAACAGUGGCUCAAACUCAAGGAUGAGCCACACAAGCGCAAGCUGCACUUUAUGCCACAGAAGUUCAAGUCACUGCGUGAAGUGCCCGCCUAUUCACGUUAUCUACGUGAGCGUUUCUUGCGCUGCCUCGAUCUUUACUUGUGUCCGCGUGCCAAGCGCGUUAAGCUGAACAUUGAUGCCGAAUACCUGAUACCCAAACUGCCUUCACCACGCGAUCUACAGCCAUUCCCCACCGUGGAGAGUCUGGUGUACCGUGGACACACAGAUCUGGUGCGUUCCGUUAGCGUGGAGCCCAAGGGCGAGUAUAUUGUCUCUGGCUCAGAUGACAAGACCGUUAAAAUUUGGGAAAUUGCUACAGGACGUUGCAUACGCACCAUUGAAACUGAUGAUGUGGUGCGUUGUGUGGCCUGGUGUCCGAAUGCCAAAUUAUCCAUCAUUGCGGUAGCCACCGGCAGCCGUUUGUUGCUCGUCAAUCCCAAGGUGGGAGACAAGUUGAUUAUCAAGAAAACCGACGAUUUGCUAGCUGAAGCGCCUAGCCAGGAUGUCAUCGAGAAUGAACGCAUCAAGACAGCCGUGCAAUGGUCCACAGCCGAGGCUGCGGAACAGGAGAAGGGCGUGCGUGUGGUCAUCACGCACUUUAAGCCCAUACGUCAGGUUACAUGGCAUGGACGUGGCGAUUAUCUGGCAACCGUGAUGCCCGAGGGCGCUAAUCGUUCGGCCUUGAUUCAUCAGCUGUCCAAGCGUCGCUCGCAAAUACCAUUCUCGAAGAGCAAGGGACUCAUUCAAUGUGUGCUCUUCCAUCCCGUCAAACCUUGCUUCUUUGUGGCAACUCAACACAAUAUACGCAUCUAUGAUCUGGUCAAACAGGAGCUGAUUAAGAAACUGCUGACCAACUCCAAGUGGAUAUCAGGCAUGUCUAUACAUCCCAAGGGCGACAAUUUGCUCGUCUCCACCUACGACAAGAAAAUGCUCUGGUUCGAUCUGGAUCUGUCCACCAAACCCUAUCAAACAAUGCGACUGCAUCGCAACGCUGUGCGCAGCGUUGCUUUCCACUUGCGUUAUCCGCUGUUUGCCUCUGGAAGCGAUGAUCAGGCGGUCAUUGUCUCACAUGGCAUGGUUUAUAAUGAUUUGCUGCAGAAUCCUUUAAUUGUGCCGCUCAAAAAAUUGCAGACGCACGAGAAGCGCGACGAGUUUGGUGUGCUCGACGUAAAUUGGCAUCCCGUGCAGCCUUGGAUAUUCUCCACAGGCGCCGAUUGCACCAUCAGGCUGUACACAUAAGGCGUGCUACAUUUUUUUUAGUUCUAAGGCACUCAUUUGUAUGAAAACUUGCGAUAGUAAACAAUGUCUAUUCUA